GCACGGUCGGUCAGCAGCCAGUUGCCGUGUCGAUCGGGAAUCGUAUCCCUGCGCCAGCCAAUCUUGCCCCAACGGGACGCAGACACUUUUUGCUGAGCAAGGUCCUGCAAGACCAGCUCCAUGGCCCAGCCCAGGCGGAUGAUCGUGAUCUCAUCUCGCUUCUCCCCCGCGGGGAGAUCCGAUGCAGGGGGAAAAGAAAAAGUGAGGAAGGGAUGACGCUCUCACGAAAACCAGCAGGGCCAGCAUCUUUCCCUCUUACCUCCCCCUCCCCCCCGUUGUAUCCUGGCCCUCGCUUUUUCAAAUGCGUCGAUACCCGAGGUUCGUCACCCACGAUCGGGCUAGAAUCAUUUGCCGUCCGUCUUUCCCCUCAUUUUCGACCCUUCCAUUCGGCCUGACUGGGGGGUGGUGGUGCGGUAGUGGUUUAAUUGGAAGGUGGUCGGUGUCUUGGCCUUUCAUUAGUCUGCAAAAGGAAUGGACAAGGUCUGUGGGCUGGGGGGUUAAACUUUUCAGGAAUUCCGGGGUACGGUGGCUUGGUGUCUCGUUUACCGCAGAAGGAGAGAUGAGCUCUCCUCUCUCUGUCUGUCCGUCUCUCGUAAUCUGGUUGGGCGUCUCGGGUUUCGGGGGUACUGUCGUUUUGGGGCCUCGCGUCAUGCAAUCCCCGGAUUUUGUAACGGUUUACGGGGCGAACUCCAUUCCCAUGCCAUGCGAGGUAUUAAGGGAUCUGACCUAUUAAUAUAAAUCCGGGGAGGGUACACUGCUGGAAGCUACGUUCGACCGACCCUUUUUU